UACUGAACAGGUCAAUAUUUAGAACGAGUGGCAAUGGCGAUAGAAGAUGUCGAUGUUCGAAGAUUUGUAACUUGGAAGAUAUUCCCAGUUGCAUUAGUAGUAGGAACAAUAUGGUAUUACAGACAGAAAGGUGUGACAUUUAAAAGCUUAAACAGAAAGCUAACUGCGUUCGCUAUAGUCAAGAUAAUGGCCAGAAUUAACAAAAGCAAGGACAUUGUGGCUACGAAAAAACGAUUGUUUUCUAAUCUAGAAGAGCAAAAAUCGAAUAGAAGCCAGAGACUGCAAAUACUGGAGAUAGGUGUUGGUGGUGGUGCUAAUUUUACAUUUUAUCCACCAGGCAGUCAAGUUAUAUGUUUGGACCCAAAUCCAAAUUUCAAAAGUUACAUACAGCAAAGCAUAGAAGAAAGUAAUGUCGAGAUGAAGCGCUUUAUCCAAGGCUUUGCCGAGAAACUGGAAACUGUAGAGGACGAUAGUAUCGACUCUGUAGUCUGUUCUAUGGUUUUAUGUUCUGUACGUGACUUGGACAAAACUAUGUCAGAAGUGCGCCGUGUGCUCAAACCAGAUGGAACAUUUUACUUCAUAGAACAUGUAGCAGCAAAACAAGGGACAUGUUUGAAUAGAGUGCAGCGAUGGUUAAACCCAGUAUGGUAUUGUUUAUCUGGAGAUUGUCAGAUAAACAGAGAAACCGGCAAGGCUAUAGACAGAGCUGGAUUCUCCCAAACUUCACUUAAUUAUUUCAAAUUGAAUACUUAUGUGUUUAUGAUCAGACCUAUACUAUGGGGAACAGCUACAAAGUAAACUACCAUGAGGUUUUAUUUUUGUGUGCGUCAUAAAUUGUUUUCUUGACUGUACUGAAAGGAAUAUCUGAGUAUUAAAUGGUCUGUGACAACCAUUUUAAAUUGAUACUUAUUAUGUUAUCUUUUAUUGAUUUGAAAUUUUUUUUAAUGUUAUCAUAAAAUAAAUAUUUAAACAAA